AUGGCUUCCACCAGCUCUUCUUCUCCACAAUGGGAGUAUGAUGUGUUCCUCAGUUUUAGAGGCAAGGACACCCGGAAUAACUUUACUAGCCAUCUAUAUUCUAAUCUGGAACAGGCAGGAAUCGAGGCAUAUAUGGAUGAUAGUGAGCUAGAGAGAGGAGAGUCCAUCGAACCUGCUCUAUGGAAGGCCAUCGAAGAUUCAAGGUUUUCAGUCAUUGUAUUUUCAAGAAAUUAUGCUUCUUCACCAUGGUGCUUAGAUGAACUUGUCAAGGUUGUUGAGUGCAUGAAAGAGAUGGGGCACACUGUUUUGCCAGUUUUUUAUGAUGUGGAUCCAUCGGAGGUAGCCGAGCAGAAAGGGAAUUAUAAGGAACUUUUCAUUGAGCAUGAACAAAAUUUUAGAAAUGAUUUGGAGAAGGUGCGCAGAUGGAAAGAUUGUCUCGCUACAGUUGCCAAUCUAUCUGGUUGGGAUGUACGGAACAGGUAA